AUGACUGGAAAGCAGAAAAGUGGUCAUGCCAAAGCGGUAAUACGACAAAGAAAAGAUGCCGUAGAAAGAUACUCGGUGGGAGAGUCAUAUAGAAGCUAUCAAAGCAAUCCGAUUUCAAGCUCCCGAAAUACGGAUGCCUUAAUAGAGCUGUCGACUUCGGCUGAUUUUGAUGCGAAGACAAGGGGUACUGCUUAUUCCAUAUUGACACGAGAGAUUGAUAAUUUUGAGAUUAUACUUGGUAUGGUUGUUUGGCAUAGAGCACUACUUGCGGUUAACUCAGUGAGCAUUAAACUUCAAACCGAAGAUAUGAAUCUUGAUGAUGCCGUUACUAAACUAAAAGAUCUUGUUUCUUUCUUUAAGGAUUACAGAAGGAAUGGAUUUGAGGGGGCAUUGGAAGAAGCUAAAAUACUUGCAACAUCCAUGAAUAUAGAGCCUAUUUUUUAUGAGGUACGAGUACGAAAAAGAAAAAAGCACUUUGAUGAAAUCGAUGAGAUAGAGGAAGUACAACCACCACUGCAAGAAAAAUUAAGGUCUCUUGAUGAUAGUACCUUACGGAAUUCUUGUGUGAAACUUGAAAAGUACCUAAGCUAUGAAAUGGAAUUCGAUAUCAAUGGGGAUGAGUUAUAUACGGAGUUGAAGGUUUUGCGAAGUUUUUUGCCUAACGAAACAAAAAAGGCUAUUGACGUGUUGAGUUUCUUAACAAAUAUGGGUGGCUGCUAUUCAAAUGCGUCUAUUUCAUAUAGAAUUUUAUUGACAAUCCCUGUUACAGUUGCAUCUGCAGAAAGAAGUUUUUCGAAGUUAAAGUUGAUCAAAUCCUACCUUCGAUCAACGAUGUCUCAAGAAAGAUUAAACGGACUAGCGAUGUUAUCCAUUGAAGCAGAUAUGCUAAGUAGUAUUGACUAUGAUAGUAUUAUAAAUGAGUUCGCAUCCGUAAAUGCGAAAAGGUCGAUCUUUACGUCCAUUACUAGUAUUGUAUCUUCUUGAACAAAAUGAUAAAUGUUUGGUAAUAUUAUACUCAUAUCAUCAUGUGUUAUCAGGUA